AUGGACGCAAGAAUCCGCCUGAAAGGAGCCAACGCACUCCCCGUUCUUUCUGCCCACCCUCUCGAGCGUUCUCCGUUGACAGCAUUUGAAGGCUCACACUUUGGGCGAAAUAUUGCCCCAGAUCUCGCCCGGCUACAAUCGCCUCUCCAAAAUCCAGUCAGCGUUGCAGUCUACCAGCCUGCUGUGGAUGCCGGCAUUCUUGGCCACAGCAUUGGGCAAGGGAGCCAGACAAAAGGAGAUCCUGUUCAAUCCCAGGAAAAUCCGCAAGCUGCAGAACGAGAGUGGUGCUGGGAAGAACAGGGUGAUGUUUAUCGUGACGAUAAACAAAGAUUCGUACUGAAAGUCCGGGUCAGGCCGAAUGUGAAGACCCAAUCAACUGCUGCAAAAAACCCGCAAGUUCCUAAACACCGACCUAACAACAAUUACUUGUAUCAACUUGACGCAGGUUACGACCACAUUGUGAAGGUAGUGUGGACCGAGAUAUGGGACGAUCCAGACGACUCUAGCUCCAUGCUGAUAAGAAGAGAAGCGGUGAACUUGGAGACAAACGCCAACAAGCAAAAUGCUACUGCUUCGCCUACAUCUGAACAUUCUUUAGUCGACCAAGCGACGAAGCUUAACGAGAUGCUUACAUUGGUUCACUAUGACAAGAAAACGCCGACGCUGAAGCCACUGUCGGCGUCAUCUUCCACUAAACUCGCCCUUCUCACCCAUACGAUUUCAGAAGAUCGAUCGGGCGAUUCAGCAUCUGUCAUCCGACAGCUUCUUUCCGCAUUGCGAACUCAGCGAGUCACAAACUUUACUCCUGUCGUGUCCAAACGUAAUACGCGGGGAUAUGCAUUCGUCAUAAGUACUGUAAAUACUUGGAGUAAGGUGGGCGAUAAAAUGAUAGAGACCAAGGAAGUGAGGCCUCCAUUCCAAAGAGGAAUAAGUGUGGCGAUAAAAUACGAACAGCCGGUUCUUACUGGAAUGACAACGUUUGCGAAGUAUUUGGUGUGUGAAAAAGCCCUCGAUCAACUGGGAUAUUCAUACCACAAGGGUGAUAAUGGAAUUAUCGAGGUACCUGAAUGUCUCCCGAGCAGCUAUAUUGAAGAAAUAGUGGCUCUGUCCAAGAUCUACUCGUGCAUCACGGAGCCCAACGAACCAGCAGAGAUGGUGGUGAAUGCACACCACGAGAUUGCAAACCACAAAGUGAUCUCCUGCUCUAGGGCAUGGACGGAGAUUGCCUCCAAAGAUGUGCACCCCAAAGCUUUGUUAGAUAUGGGUAUUUCAUUUCGAAAUCAGGGUUCUACCAUUACGGUUAUCGAGGAGCCUCUCUCCUCUUCAAAGCUGAUAGAGCUAUUUGGACGAAUACUUGCAAUUCGAGAAGCUGAGCGGGCAUCCCAAUUGUCCCUAUCCAGGCUAUCCCGUGAUGGAAACGCCACACUAUAA